AUGAUAAAACUUAGCAUAGAGGAUUACUCUUGGCAUGCAAAAGAAAUCAACGGCCAUGAUCUUGCCCUUGUGGAUGGUGCACAUGCUGCUGCUUGUGAAGAAAUGGCUACAACAAUGUCCAGUGUAGAGGCUGCUGCUUACAAAGGAUUACAACAGUGUAUUGAAACUGUCAUGGCCGAGGGUGAAGAAGAACAAAAACAUAUUGGCAAGAUUGUUGAGUUUUUUCAAACUACUGAUAGGAAAAAUUAUUUAUGGGUCCAAUGGUUUUACAGAAUUCAAGAUACAGUUGUCAAAGAUGCAGGUGAUUAUCAUGACAAGAGGCGUUUGUUCUAUUCAUCAAUAAUGAAUGAUAACUUAAUAGAUUCCAUAAUAGAGAAAGUGAAUGUGAGAUACAUAAAACAUAAGAAUUGGGAUUUGGUGGCACAACUCGUUUACGAUUGUGUUUAUGCUCUUUAUGCAGAAUUGGGAUAA